AUGGAAAAAUAUCGUGGGGGAGUGACAAUUCCAGCAAUGUCUUGUAUACAGUUCGGUAAAUACUACUGUGGGGACGGCCAAGAAGCGGUGCACUUGUGCGACAAGCGAAUUCCAGAGGGCACGGAAUGCUCAAUUGAAAUCAACUGGGCUUCUCGCUUCGACAACAUGUGCCAACACUCCGGGCAGCACUUGAUUUCUGCGAUUUUUGAGCGAGCUGAUUUUGACGCUUCCACGACGAGCUGGAAUCUCGGCGAAGAUAAGUCAUUUAUUGAACUAUCAAGAGCAGUGACGGAUGAAGAGGUGCAAAGAGUGGAGGACAUUUGCAAUGAAGCGAUUCGGAAUCGAACUCGAGUGACAGUCGAACUUCUCAAAAAUAAGGAAGAUCUGAGGAAAGGAUGUAAAGAUCUCCCGAAAGACUUCGCCGGGCCAAUUCGAGUAGUGAACAUCGAUGGAAUCGAUCAGAACAUGUGCUGCGGAACCCAUGUCGACAAUUUGACGGAUUUGCAAAUGAUAAAACUUCUUCACCAAGAAAAGGGAAAGAAGGGCAAGGGAAUCGUCUGGUUCGUCUGUGGAGAAAGAGGGGAUACCCUCCGUUUUUCCCGGCACAAGGAGGGUACCCGAGAAAGAGUGCUCAGAACUCUAGCAAGCUCUUGGAGUGUGAGCCGCGAAGCGUGCAAAAAAAUGUCUUGCAAAGAGGAAGAAAUUCCAGAAAGAAUCGAAAAUCUUCAAUCAUCGAGCAAAGCGUCCCUGAAAACCAUCAAAAAUCUUCAAAGUGAGUACGGCUCAACCCUCGCGGAAGCAAUCCAAAUGAAGCUGAAAGCCGUGAAUCCUGACUCAAACGUACAGCCGGACUGUAAGCGUGAGAGAGAGCAACUGAAAAACGCGCUACGAGAGAUUUCCCUUGAUGGGAAGAUUUUAAAGUACCACUGCGCGGAUUUGGGACCCGAGUUUAUCGUCCCACUCACGGACAAUUUAUCCCAGCUUGUGAACAAGGAGGGAAAAAUUGUAUUCUUAUCAUGCGGCCGUCAAAAUAGCGGAAACGUCUCCGUCCUUGGAGACAAAAACAUCAUCAAAGAAAAGGGAAAGAAAGUGUUGGACGUCUUGGACGGAAAAGGAUUCGUCAAAGACGGCCGAAUUCAAGGAAAAGUGUCGCAGCUUAAAAAUCUGGAACAAGCGUACAAACUCUUUGAAACUGAGUAG